AUGACACCAAUCGGGGACAGGCCUGCGCCCCCUGCCUUUGGUGGUGGUGACGAUUUUGCAAUCUCAGCCAGGAGGUCACGAACGAUUUUUAUCGUGGAUCAGGGUCCUCUAAGCAUCCAGGAGGUUCCCCAGCCGAUCUCCACAUCGCGGCUCCCCCUGCUCUGGCCGAACCUUCAGCCGAGAGCCCUUCUCGUGAAUCCCCUUCCCCGAGGGAUCAUAUCAUUCCCCAGGGGAGGUUGCGGGGACUUCCGCAGUAGGGGAAGGAGGGCUCCACAGGAGCCUGAGCAGCUUUCUGGGCAGCCUGAGCGGCUUUCUCCUCCUACCCCGCAAGAAUCUGGCCCUAAAUUCUACGAGAGAUGGCUCGGGAUGACCCGAUCUUGGGAAGAGGUAAAUGCUUCUCUUUCCCUUUUCAGUCCAGUGCUAGGAUUCGCCCUGAACCUACCACCAUCGACUCUGACUUGUUAUUGUUCUUUUUCUGUUUACUUUGCUUCUAGACCGCUAGUGCCAUCAAACGCCCUAGUCUCUGAUGCCGAACUGUGGCAGAAGUGGAUGACCUAA